AAAAAAAGCUUUUUAUCAACCUCAUGUUAGUCAUUUAGACGAAGGUAUAUAUAUAUAUAUAUGCGUGUGUGUGUCGUUUAAGAGGAAAACAAAGGAUAGUUGGAUUAUUUUACUACUAUUUCAACGUAUUUAUAACAAGGAUUUAGAAUAAGUAGUGUUCAUUUCCUAUUCACUUUAAUAACAAAAAAACAAAAAAAAAAAAGAAAAGAAGUAGCAUUUCAAAGAAUGGUACUAGAAUUUGGUCUUGGUUUUAUCGAUCGUUUAACUGGUGCAAAAACUAAUGCUUAUACACAUUUAGAAGAUUUAGCUGAUCGAUUAAAUCAUUUUAUUAGUUGUGUUAUAAUAUUAAUGUUAUCUGGUGUAACCAUGGCUAACGUAUAUUUUCUUAGACCGAUUUCAUGUACAUUACCAACAUCACCAGAUAAUAAAUUUAAUGAAUUUGCUGAAUCUGUAUGUUGGGUACGUGGUACAAUAGCAAUACGUGAAAAUGAUCAAAUGCCAUUAACAGAUGAAGAUUGGGAUAAAUUACGUGAUAAAGCGGAUAUGUCCUUCUAUCAAUGGGUUCCAUUCUGUUUAUCAAUACAAGCAAUGUUAUUUUUCAUACCACAUAUUAUAUGGCAAUCAUUAGCAACCCAUUUAUUAGGUGAAAAUUUAGAAUCUAUAUUAGAUAUGGCAUAUAAAGCAAAUACAGCUGAUGAUUAUAUAAAACGUCAAAAAUUUGUUGAAUCCGCUGCAUAUCAAUUAUUUCGUUUAAGUUGUCAACAUUAUCAUCAUUAUAAUAAUAAUAAUAAUAAGAAGAAUCCAUUAAGAAAAUGGUCAAAAAUUCAACACAAAUUUUCAUACUACUCAAUAAGUAGUUUAUUCAUUAUUGGUAAACAUAUUGGCAAUUAUAUAUCUAUUAUAUAUAUUCUUAUUAAAUUAUUAUAUUUAAUCAAUUUAAUUGGACAAUUAUAUAUUAUCAAAACAUUGUUAGGUUACCAUGGUAACUUGUACCAUUUUGGUAAUCAAUUAAUAUUAACCUUAAAAUCAAAACAUGAAUGGAUUGAAAGUGAAUUUUUUCCAAGACAAACCUAUUGUCCAAUACAAGUACGUCAUCUUGGUACUAAAAAUAAUUUAUUUACAGCUAUAUGUGCAUUACCAGUAAAUAUGUUUAAUGAAAAAAUUUAUAUAUUUUUAUGGUUAUGGAUAUUAUUUGUAACUAUGAUUACAAUGAUUAGUAUUCUUAUAUGGUUAAUACGUUUCAUUAUAAAAAAUUGUCAAACUACUUAUAUACAACAUUAUUUAGUAGUAUCUAUUCAUUCACAAUUAUUAGAUAAAUAUUUGAAUCAUUCAUUAGAUUGUGAGGCUUGUAAUAUACAAUUCAAUGAUAUACGUAUACCAAAAUUUAUCAAUGAAUUUGUUAAAAAUGAUGGCUAUUUUUUAUUACAUAUGUUACGUGAUAAUAUUGGGGAUAUAAUCACUGGGGAAAUAUUAAAUCAAUGGUGGCAUAUGUUUAUUGAUUAUUAUAAAGCAUAUAGAAAUAGAGAGAAACAAUUAAAACAAAAUGAAAAUAAUAAUAAUAAUAAUAAUAUAAAUGAGAAAUCAUAUGAUGAUUAUAUUAUGAAUAUUGUAUCAUUAGAUAAUGUGAAUUCAAGUCCAUCAAAUAAGAAUUUUGUUUAAAUCAAUGUCAUGCUUAUAGUAACCUUAGCAACAACAACAACAAAUUAAAUGGUGGUAACUUUGUUUCUAUGCGGAAUACGAUUAUUUUUUUUUAUUGAUCGAUAUAUAUAUAUGAUUAGGUGAAUAUAAUUGGAUCAAUUUUGUUUUUGCUUUCUUUUCUUUUUAUUGACUGUAAUCAAUAUUUUUUGUUUAAUACAUUAUGAUGUAACAAUGAAUCAUUAAACAAUCAUGUAUUGAUGAUUUUCUCUUAUUUCAUUAAAAAAGAUUUGUUUUUCCCUUUCAGAAAUUAUUCAAAAUAAAAUUGUAUUCUCAUCAUAUUUGAAUUGAAAAUUUUCAUUGAUAAAUUAGAUAGUUGUUAGGAACCGGGUACUAGGUAAAGAUGGCAAAUCAAUGGAUGAAGUAGUGAAACCUCACCAGUUGAGAUGGUUGGGACGUGUGCUACGUAAGCCCAAAUACCGACUGCCUCGACGUGCGAUAUUUUAUGGUGUAGGAGAAG